GAAGCGACCUGCUGAAGACGCAGCGGAAGAGGAGCCUGCUCAGAAGAAGCCUGCAGACGCAAGUGCCAAACCUGACGGUACGUACCAUAUUCAUGACAACGGCGGCCGCCCGUUCAAGGUCGAAGUGAAGUGGCCCGGUUCUAAGGCCGAGGUGAAGGUUUUCAAGGCCAUCGGUAGCGACGACGAGGACGAGGAUGACGACGAUGAGAACGAGGGCAACGAAAACGCUGGUGGGCCACAGGUUUCAGUUAUGACCGCGGGGGACAUUGCCCAGCAAUUGUUCGGGAACUCCAACCACCCGCUCCUUGUCCAGAUGGCCGGUGGCCAAGAAGGAGAAGAAGAAGAGCCCAAGGAGGACGAUGCAGAGUUGCCACAAUAUGAAACAGAUGCCUGUCUGACACUUUCGGCGGAGAAGGUCUUUGUCGGGCAGUGCCCAAAGCACGGCGCCAUAUUUGAUGGAAACUCCAUCUUGCUGCACUUGGAGGGUUUGAAGUAUGCGUUUGUCGGAGAGAAUGUCUUCUCCUUCACAGCAAAGUCGCCCAUCACGCAGUACGUCUCGCUUGUUGGCAACAGUGACGUGCCCUACCCUUGGGCGAUUGAUGAACAGGGAUUCCGCUACCUGAUGAUCAGCAGUGUCAUCCUGAACAGCAAGCUUUUCGAGAACUGUGACAAAGACCCUUACGACCUUUACUUUCACCGAGCCCUCAUCACCGCAGACAUAGGUAUGGUUCCUAUUGAGCAGCCGGAUGUGCAGUUCCAAGGAAUCACCGAAUUCUGGAUCGGCGAGGAUCAGUAUACACUCAAGUACGAACCGAAUCCGGAGCCGGAUUACGACCGACUGGCGGAGAGGGGGGAGUUCUUCAUAGUGAAAGGUGGCCCCAAGAUCAAGAUCUCCAAGACCGAAUACGUCAAGCUGAUGCAGGACUUUGCAGCUGAGAUGGGCUUCGAGACUCUUCACAGCGAGGAGCUGGUUGAGCGUAACAUCUGA